AUGGCCUCGAUCGAAUUCGAGGAACCGGAAGUUACGAUCUACAAAGCAUCGGUGGAAUAUUUUUUGCUCGAACAAGAACGAAAAUGCAAUGGAUUGAUGGCGGAAUAUGAAAACAUCACGUCGCAAUAUUAUUGCCCGCCAUAUUUCGACGGCCUGCUUUGCUGGCCGUACACCAACGUCUCCAACGUUGCCAUUUUACCGUGUCCAUCCGAAACUGGCCCAUUAAACCAAUUAAAUUCCGCGAUCGGCUCCGCUCUAAACUCGAAUACAUCUGUUGCUACAACAGUGGCGAGCAAAUUUUGCUUUUCGAACGGCCAGUGGUACUCAAAUCUUGAAAAUAUUCGCAAGAGCAAUUACAGCUUGUGCAAAUUGUCCAAGAAGUUCAUCGAUCGCCUUUCCGUGGAUUUAGGAUAUUUCGAGAUACUUCAGUUGCGAGAUUACAAAAACUUUGAAAAAUACAAAUACCUGUUGAACAAAUGGUUGCCUAUCGUCAAGAUCAUCUCUCAAAUUGGAUAUUCCAUGUCCUUCACCAUGUUGAUCAUAGCGAUGAUCAUUUUCUCGUUGCUUAGAAAACUGAGAAAUCCAAGGAACAGAUUGCACAUGCACUUGUUCGCCUCGUUCAUAAUGAGAGCGUUCAUGACACUGGUCAAAGAUUGGAUCUUCGUCAAUGGCAUCAGCCGACCUGUGGACGUCCUUUACGUUGAAAAUUACGCUCUUAUCAAGCAACCAAACUUACAGAUAAUAAUCUGCAAGGUGGUCAUAAGCGGGUGGCAAUACUUUAUCGUGGCUAAUUAUUCUUGGAUCCUGAUGGAGGGUCUCUACUUGCACAAUUUGAUCGUUUGGGCAUUCUUCGCGGAUAGCGAAACGAUCAAUUUAUACGUGUUGAUGGGAUGGGGAUUACCUGUUUUCGUGGUUGUACCUUGGAUAAUAAUUCGCGCCACUAUCGAGGACACGUUUUGCUGGACCACUCACCAAAAUCCUUUCCUAUUUCUACCUAUAAAGAUUCCCAUUAUGAUAUCAAAUUUGUUCAACUUCUUACUGUUCCUCAACAUAGUACGUGUACUGUUCAUUAAAUUCAAAACGUCGGUACAUCUGCAACAAAAAAAGAUGCAAUACAGUAGAUGGGCCAAAGCUACUCUAGUACUGAUACCGUUAUUUGGUGCUCAUUACACGCUAUUCCUAGGCUUUUCGUAUGCAGACAGUAAACUGGAACUUGUUUGGCUCUUCUUCGAUCAAUUAUUCGUCUCUUUUCAAGGUUCUUUUGUUGCUUUGCUUUAUUGUUUGUUGAACAUCGAAGUCAGAACGGAAAUUAAACGAGCAUGGAGAACAAGAUGGAGGAAUGCAAAUAUUUUUGUGUCCACGUGUCGAGAAUCAAGAAGGAUAAAAACUAUUCGUCGAUACAGAAAAUCGAAUGACCAUCUCACCAGUACAACUUUGAGAACUGUGUUGCAAUCUGAUAGAAGAUCGAAUGAUUUUUGGCCAAAUGUUUUAGAAAUGGAGACAGGAUAGAAAGAAUUUUAAGAAAGAACAGUUUUAUAUCUGAUAGAUAAUUAUGUAGUUUUUUUUUCAGAGGAAUUUUAAUUUUGAUAUCGUAAAAAUAUAAAUGUAAAGUAUAUAAUUAUGAAAUA